AUGGAAAAUUCCUCCAGAGAGUUUAUGUUUGUACUUCAUGGAUUGAAUGAGACAACAACAAACAGACAUAUUUACUUUGCAUUUGGUCUUCUUGUCUAUAUUAUGACACUGUUUAUUAAUUUGUCAUUAAUUUUAAUUGUUAUUCUGGACAAGACACUUCGUGAACCUAUGUAUCUGUUUAUAUGCAAUUUGUUCAUGAAUGGAAUAUGCGGUGCUUCAGCUUUCUAUCCAAAAAUCCUUGCUGAUCUAUUAACAGACUCCCAUAUUGUAUCAUAUACAGCAUGCCUGAUACAAAUAUAUUUUAUUUUUUGUUAUGCUAUGAGUGAAUUCUCAUGUCUAACAGUCAUGGCAUAUGAUAGGUAUGUAGCUAUUUGUAAGCCUUUGGAAUAUCUGUGUAUUAUGACACACCAGAAGGUUGUAAAGCUGCUGGCUUUUAGUUGGCUCUUCUCCUUACUCCAAACAUCCAUUGGGGUUGGGCUGACAGUUAGAAUGCCUUUAUGUGGUAAUGACAUUGAGAAGCUGUAUUGCUCUAACUGGGAGGUUGUUAAACUAUUUUGCAGCGAUAUGAGUAUAAUGGAUAUAUACGGGGACUUCCUAAUACUUUCUCAUGUUUCACAAAUAACAUUUAUCAUUGUGUCAUAUAUUCACAUCAUCAGAGCUUCUUUACAGACCAAGACAGGGAGGACUAAAUUCAUGCAGACAUGCCUUCCCCAUUUAAUCUCCCUCACAUACUUCACCUUUUCUUUACUCUUUGAUGUCAUGUAUGCUCGCCAUAGCAAGAGCCAAGGACCACAAGCUCUGCACAAUAUAAUGGGGAUGGAGUUUCUUGUUGUGCCUCCCCUCCUAAACCCAGUAAUAUAUGGAAUGAAACUAACCCAGAUGCGUCACCAGUUUGUGAAAAUGUACAUCACCAAAAUCAAAGCAGUGAGACAGGGCUGA